AUGAUUUUUGUGGUUGUAGACAAGCUUUCUAAAGCUUCUCAUUUUGGAAUGUUACCCACCAAUUUUACAACUGCUAAGGCGGCUAAUUUGUUUGCUCAUAUGGUUUGCCAUCUACAUGGAAUGCCUAGGAGCAUAAUCUCUGAUCGUGAUACCAUCUUCGUUAGUCAUUUUUGGCAAGAGUUGUUCAGGUUGAGUGGAACAAAGUUGAGGAUGCCUACUACUUAUCAUCCUCAAAGCUUGACCCUUUUCCAAGUGGUCUAUAGGCGUGAACCACCUAUAAUUCCACAAUAUGUUAUUGGCACUAGUAAUGUGGAGGCUGUGGAUUCUAUCCUCAAUUCAAGAGAGCAGAUACAGAACACUGUGGCCAAAUGCAAUAGUCACAAACUGACUAAGAAGUACUAUGGACCAUUUAAAAUCAUCAAAUGUAUAGGUGAGGUAGCUUUCGAGUUAGAGCUUCCAACAAAUUCUAAAAUACAUCCAGUCUUUAACGCUUCCCUUCUCAAACAUUAUCAUGUUGAGGAUGCUGCUCGAUCCUUAGCAUUACCUUCAAGGGAAUUUCUCAACCAGCCAGUAAUUCAACCUAUGGCAAUUCUGGAUAUGCAAGAAGCUGAUAAACCAGAGCAAACGUGCGUGUUGAUUCAAUGGCAGGGGCUGUAUCCAAAGGACUCAUCCUGGGAACUAUUGUCUGAGAUGAUGGAAGUUUACCCGGAUCUGCACCUUAAGGACAAGGUGUUUGUUCAAGACCAGAGGGUGAUAUAA